AUUAUACCUAUACAUUUUUAAAAUCAGCAAUUCUGUAAUAUUCGCCAAUAGACGUUUGAUUAUUUUCGUUUGUCAUUUUCAAACUUACAACAGCUCUUGUCUCGAGUUCGUUUUAAAUUUUUACUUUAGAAAGUACCUCUACUAGUCGUUUGUCGUUCAAGAUGCCUGAUUACUUAGGCGAUGAAAUGCGAAAGGUGAAGAAAGACGAACCGGAAAAAAAAGAAGAAAAAGAAAUCAAGUCUUUGGACGAAGAGGAUAUUGCAUUGCUGAAAACAUACGGUCAAGGUCAAUGGACAAUAAAUGUAAAAGCUGUUGAAGACGAUAUUCAAAGCAUAAUUAAGCGAAUAAAUGAAUUGACCGGAAUUAAAGAAUCGGAUACUGGAUUAGCGCCGCCUGCAUUUUGGGAUCUAACUGCUGAUAAACAAACUCUACAAAAUGAACAACCAUUACAGGUGGCGAGGUGUACCAAAAUUAUAAAUGCUGAUUCAGACGAUCCAAAAUAUAUAAUCAAUGUAAAGCAGUUUGCGAAAUUUGUUGUUGAUCUCGCUGAUUCCGUAGCACCAACUGAUAUUGAAGAAGGAAUGCGUGUCGGCGUGGAUCGUAAUAAAUAUCAAAUUCAUAUUCCUCUACCGCCUAAAAUCGAUCCAACUGUUACUAUGAUGCAAGUCGAAGAAAAACCUGAUGUCACUUAUUCCGAUGUUGGAGGGUGCAAAGAGCAAAUAGACAAACUCCGUGAAGUUGUUGAAACGCCGCUGUUACACCCUGAGAAAUUCGUAAAUUUGGGUAUCGAGCCACCCAAAGGAGUAUUGUUGUUUGGACCGCCGGGUACAGGCAAGACUUUGUGUGCAAGAGCAGUUGCCAAUCGUACGGAUGCGUGUUUUAUUCGUGUUAUCGGUUCAGAACUCGUACAGAAAUACGUUGGAGAGGGCGCGCGAAUGGUGCGUGAGCUUUUUGAAAUGGCUCGUAGCAAAAAAGCUUGUUUAAUAUUUUUUGACGAAAUCGACGCUAUCGGCGGCGCUCGUUUCGAUGAUGGCGCUGGUGGCGAUAACGAAGUCCAGCGUACCAUGUUGGAGCUUAUCAAUCAGUUGGACGGAUUCGAUCCUAGAGGAAAUAUCAAAGUGUUAAUGGCUACAAACAGACCCGACACGUUGGACCCAGCCUUGAUGAGACCCGGACGUUUAGACCGAAAAGUCGAGUUUGGACUGCCCGACUUGGAAGGGCGUACUCAUAUUUUCAACAUACACGCCAGGGCAAUGAGUGUUGAACGUGAUAUUCGUUUUGAACUGUUGGCCAGACUUUGUCCGAACAGUACAGGCGCUGAAAUCAGAUCAGUAUGCACCGAAGCUGGGAUGUUCGCCAUUAGAGCACGUAGAAAAGUGGCGACCGAAAAAGACUUCUUGGAAGCUGUCAACAAGGUCAUCAAAUCAUACGCCAAGUUUUCGUCUACUCCACGUUACAUGACGUACAACUAGGUCGACGAUAAAUUAUUAUACAUAUAUAUAUAUAUUUAUUUUAUAAGUACAUAUUAUUUUGUUAUAAUUUUAUUCAUAUCCAAUAACAAAUAUGAUUUUCUGUAUUUAUAGUCGGUAUACAUAGAUGAUACAACAGUGUGUAGAAUUUAAAUACAUUU